GGAAAUCCUCUCUGCGUCCCAGCAAAGCCAGUCCCCGGGGACCCCUGCUGGCGAAGUGUGAGUUUUUCAGUCGCGCGUGUGCUGGGCCGCAGAUAGAACCAUGGCGACAACUCCCUCCGAUGCGUUCCAGGCCCUCAUGAAUGGAGUGACAAGCUGGGAUCUUCCCAAAGGCCCUAUCCCCAGUGAACUCCUUCUUACUGGGGAGGCCUCCUUCCCCGUGAUGGUGAAUGGCAAGGGCCAGGUGCUCAUUGCUGCCUCCUCCUAUGGCCAGGGCCGCCUUGUUGUCGUAUCCCACGAAGGCUACUUGUUGCAUGCUGGCUUGGCUCCAUUUCUUGUCAAUGCAGUGGGCUGGCUCCAUCUCUCCCCUGAGGCUCCCAUUGGGGUGCACCCAUCCCUGGAACCCCUAGUGAACAUCCUGAAGGAUGCCGGGGUGGAGGCACAGACUGUGCCAGAACCUGGAGAGCCCCGGGGUGCUUACUGUAUGGAUGCCUACAAUGACAGCUUGACUGCAAAGCUCAUUCAGUUUGUGAAACAUGGUGGGGGCUUGCUCAUCGGGGGCCAGGCCUGGUAUUGGGCCAGCAAGCAUGGCUGUGACAAGGUGCUGUCCAGUUUCCCUGGGAAUCUGGUGACAAGUGUCGCUGGAGUGUACUUCACUGAAGUCUAUGGGGACCAAGGCCUGUUCAAAGUCUCUAAGAAGGUGCCCAAGAUCCCACUUCACAUCAGGUGUUGGGAGGAGCUCAAGCAGGACCAGCAGCAGCUCCUGGAAGGGAUCUCUGAGCUGGACAUCAAGACAGGAGGAGUCCCCUCACAGCUGUUGGUGCAUGGGGCUCUGGCCUUUCCCGUGGGACUUGAUGCCUCCCUUGCCUGCUUCUUGGCAGCCGCCCGCUAUGGCCAGGGCCGGGUGGUCCUGGCUGCCCAUGAGGGAAUGCUUUGUGCUCCUAAGUUGGGACAUUUUUUGUUCAAUGCUAUGCGCUGGCUAGUCAGAGGUCAGACAGGCAAAGUUGGGGUGAACACAAGUCUGAAAAAUCUGCAUCCCCUACUGUUGGAGCACGGCCUGGAAUGCAGCCUGGUGUCUCAUCUGACCGGGGACUUGAGUGUGUACUGCUGCUCUGCGUACAGUGCCAAGGAAGCCAAAGAGCUACACGAGUUUGUGGCCGAGGGUGGGGGCUUGCUGGUUGGUGGUCAGGCCUGGUGGUGGGCCUCCCAGAACCCAGGUCUCUCAGCUUUGGCUGGUUUUCCUGGCAAUGUCAUCCUCAACUGCUUUGGCCUCAGCAUCCUGCCUCGGACCCUCAGCCCAGGCUGUUUUCCUGUUCCCACUCCUGAGAUGAGGAGCUACCACUUCCGCAAGGCACUGUCUGAAUUUCAGGCUAUGUUGAACCAUGGAGAUGGAAACUUAGAAAAGAACUGCUUGGCAAAGCUUAGAGUAGAUGGUGCAGGCUUCCUACAGAUCCAUGCAGAGGGAGUCCCUGCUUAUAUAUCCUUGCACCGGUUCCUCAGGAAGAUGCUGAGACAGUCAGGUCUCCCAGCUGUGAGCCACAAAAGCCCAGUGGCCAGUGAUUCCUGUGAGGCCACGAUGCUCUGCCUGGCCACAGAGCUGGUACAUUCUGGAACUGAAUGCUCCCAGCUGUGCCAGGGGCUUGGCACUUGGACCUGUUCCUCUGACCUAUAUCCUUCUGAAGAUCCUAUCACUGUGGAGAUCAAUGGGACCAACCCAGGUGACAGUGAUUCCUGGGUAAGCACUGGGCUCUACCUCCUAGAAGGACAAAAUGUUGAAGUCUGCCUGUCAGAAACUGCCGCCUCUGCUGGCUUAAAGAUACAGAUUGGCUGCCAUACUGAUGACCUGACCACAGCCAGCAAGCUGUCCCGAGCCCCUGUGGUGACUCACCGGUGCUGUAUGGACAAGACUGAACGGUUGGUCUCCUGCCUAUGGGGUGGCCUGAUCUACAUCAUCGUGCCUAAAGGCAGUCAACUGGGUCCUGUGCCUGUCACCCUCCAGAGGGCUGUGCCUGCCCCGUACUACAAGCUGGGGAAGACGUCGCAGGAGGAGUGGAGAAGCUGUAUUGAGGGGAACCCAGCCCCUUGGGGAGAGCUGGCCACAGACAACAUCAUCCUGACCGUGCCGACUACAAACCUCAAAUCCCUCUCAGAUCCAGCACCUCUGCUCCACCUUUGGGAUGAGAUGAUGCAGGCGAUAGCCAGCCUGGCAGCCCAGCCUUUUCCUUUCCACAGACCUGAGAGGAUUGUUGCGGAUGUGCAGAUCUCAGCUGGCUGGAUGCACUCGGGGUACCCCAUCAUGUGCCACCUGCAGUCUGCACAGGAGCUCAUUAAUGAGACGGGCAUGAGAAGCAGAGGGCUGUGGGGAGCCAUCCACGAGCUGGGCCACAACCAGCAGCGGCCCGGGUGGGAGUUCCCGCCACACACCACAGAGGCCACCUGCAACCUCUGGUCAGUCUACGUGCAUGAGACAGUCCUGGGUAUUCCCAGGGCGCGGGCCCAUCCCGCCCUGAGCCCUCCAGAACGAAAGAAGAGGAUCAAAGCGCAUGUGCAAAAGGGAGCGCCUUUGUGUGACUGGAACGUGUGGACAGCUCUGGAAACAUAUCUACAGCUCCAGGAGGCUUUUGGGUGGGAGCCGUUCACCCAGCUCUUCGCUGACUACCAGACCCUCCCUGGCCUCCCCAAAGACAAAGAUGGCAAGAUGAAUCUAUGGGUGAAAAAGUUCUCGGAAGCAGUGCAGAAGAAUCUGGUGCCUUUCUUUCAGUCCUGGGGCUGGCCUGUCCAGAAGAAAGUGGCUGAGAGCCUGUCCUGCCUUCCCUCUUGGGAGGAACACCCCAUGAGAGCCUACAUGGAUUCCAAGGAAUAAAGGGCGGGUAUGAAGGGAGAAGAGAAAAGAUCCCACAGCUAGUCCGCCACUGUGACCUGGCUUGAGAUAAUCCGAGGCUUGAGCUGACAUCUCACUGUUGUCAGAUUCUGGGGUUCCUCAGGUUUUGUUCUAGGUUCUUCUUGCCUUGAACAAAGAAUUGGACAACGUAAGCAUGAAAUGUAGUGAAAUUUUACAUUUAUCAAAGAUAGGAAAACAAACACAGUCUGCAGAGCAAGAACGGGCCAGUUAAAAUUAGGGAAAAAAGGCCACCCUACAGGUGAGUGCAGACCAUUAUGCAAGAGAGAGCCCAGUGGACUCAAAGUUAAUAGUAGCCAUCUUUCGCAUCUCCCACUCUUCAGGCUGAUCUCACCAGUGGAGAUGAAGCUAUGACACACAUGCAGCAGUGGGCUGUUUGUGUCACUGAAAGCUCUAAAAGAUUUGCCAUCACUGAUUCUAGGCCAUCCUGUCAAAAACCUGCUUGAGUUCUCAUGAGAAGAACUGGAGAUAGCGUUCUCUGAUUGGUCCCAGGAGUGGAGCUUUGGGAAUUAUUUUUCUACACAUUUCCCAGAUCUCCAUCACUGUCAGGUCAUGCCCACAGCCAAUUUGCCAAGCCCUAAUCUGCCUCUCUUCUUUGCAACCUGCCUUUGGGAUGAUGGUCAAGGUCAUAAAGACAAAAAUGGAACCAAGGUUCUCAGGAAUGUGCCUUUGUGCUUUCUUUUCUAAUACUAUUAUACCUAACUAGAAACUGGCUUUGCUGUCAUAUUCAUCCAGUAAAGUGCUGGGCUUUAUACUGCCCUCCUGAGGUUUCUAUUUUUCAUCAGUAGUUCGUCAGUAAAGGCCUUGGGUAGUCAUACAUUUUCACUCGCUCUCUGCUCCUAUCCCUGAUCAAGUCAUCCAAUUCUUAUGUUUUGAUAAAUUUUUAAUAGCAAAAGAGACAGGCUGAUGUAACCAACAGAGCCCUGGGCAAAAUUUUGCUUCUGUCUGUGACCUCAGCAUCAAGUGACAAAAAUGACCAAGGCUAUCUUUCCCACACAAACAUGAAUGUGGCCAUCUUCACCAGAAUCAUGGAGCAAAUUAAGUUCAUGAACCAAGCUACCACCGUACUUGCUGGUGUCCUAGCCCAACUGACAUUUUUUUUUCUCAUCUCUGGAAGGAUUCUCAGGUAAAACUAGAAUGGUGUAUACUCAAACUGAAUGUUCUAAAGCUAUUAGGCUUUGGUCUUUUGGGUUUAUUUUGACAGAGACCACCAUAAAAGGACAGAAAAACUUC